AUGUUGAAUAUUCCCAUUAUUGCGAACUCCAAAAGGUUCUUGUUCCCCAAGGAUCACGAAGCGCAAUCUACGCCAGACGAUGAUGUGGAACUCGAGAUGAGAGAGGGCCCAAGUUCAGGCUAUCAUCCAAAUUUGAAUGUAGAUGAUGCUAUUCUAAAGAAAAAUAGUGAUCAGGUGGAUCUUGAUGCUACUAAAUUGACCAAUGUCACCUCAAGGGUCUUAAAUACCCCAGAAGACUCCUUAAUCUACGAUGAUGAUACAGAAUUUCCAGAUGGCGGACUUCAAGCGUGGCUGGUGGUCUUCGGUUCUUUCAUGGGACUCAUACCAGUUUUCGGCCUAAUUAAUUCUUUAGGAGCCAUUGAAUCGUACAUUUCCAAACAUCAACUGGCAAAUAUUUCUUCUUCAACGACGUCUUGGAUUUUCUCCUUAUACCUAGCUAUCAGUUUUCUGAGUUGUAUACUUUCCGGUGGCUAUUUUGAUAGAAACGGUAGUAUUGGUUUGAUGUGCACCGGCACAGUUAUCUAUACUGGUGGCAUUUUCGCACUAGCAAGUUGUAACUCUGUGUGGCAGUUCAUAUUAGCGUUCUCCGUGUGCUCUGGGCUUGGAACAGGAAUUUUAAUGACUCCUUUGAUAGGAACUGUAGCAACCUGGUUUUUAAGGAGAAGAGGUAUUGCUACGUCCAUCAGUACCAUGGGGGGUUCCAUAGGAGGUAUUAUUUUCCCCAUAAUGUUAAGAAAAUUAUAUAAAGAAGUGGGUUUUCAAUGGGCGAUCAGAAUCUUGGCAUUCAUUUGCUUGGCCUCUCUCGUUUGCGCUUCAGUCUUCGCCAAAGAAAGGACCAAACCUUUCGUACAACCAUUCGAAUCCAAGUCGGAAGUGGCGAAGUGGUAUAUUUCCUCCGUAUUCAAUUGGAGAUAUUUUUUGGAGGGAAAAUUCUUAUUCGUGGCAAUAGGUGCUUCCUUUGCUGAAAGUUCCCUGACUUCAUGUGCUACAUAUCUAGCAUCUUAUUCCAUGGCAAGAGGGAACACAGAAAGUGUUGCUUAUACAAUGAUCACUGCUUCCAAUGCUGUUGGUAUACUUGGAAGGUACAUUCCGGGCUAUUUUGCAGACAAGUUCAUCGGCAGGUUCAAUGUCGAAAUCAUUACCAUCUCGAUGGCUGCCUUAUUCAAUUUCGUUAUGUGGUUACCAUUUGGAGGUAAUACAAAGGUUCUAUGGGCAUACGUCUGUCUCUGGGGGUUUUCGACAGGUUCUAUUCUAUCGCUAACACCUGUGUGCAUUGGACAGAUUUCUAAGACCACUGAUUUUGGCAAACGUUAUGCGACAGUAUACCUGUUACAAUCGUUGGUUACUAUCCCAGUUCUACCAAUCGGAGGUACUUUAAUUGGCAAGGGUACUGUAGCCAACUAUAAUCACUUUAUUAUAUUUAAUUCAGCGUUAAUGGCAGCGGGUGCUGCAUGCUAUGUGAUAUCAAGACAUAUUUGUGUUGGUGCAAAACUUUGUAAGUUUUGA